GAUGUGUUAUUUGCAACGCCGACGUUGCGACUAAGAAAGUGAGAGAAGCGAUUUCAGUUCAGUUCUCGGUUUUCUGGUAUCAGAAUCGGUGUCUUCUAGUUUCUAGCUUGGUCACUGAGCUAAGAGUCGUUGAAAAUGCUAGCUCGUCUCGCCGUCACGCGUCUUCGGGAGAUCCGUCAAGUUUUCCGACAAGUUCCUCAGACCUCUAGAUCCUUCUCCACUGCUCUAAACUACCACAUUGAUACUCCGGAUAAUAAUCCGAAUGUUCCAUGGGAGUUCACUGCUGCGAACAGGGAGAAGGUUAAAGAAAUACUGUCUCACUAUCCAUCCAACUACAAGCAAUCAGCUGUUAUUCCUCUGCUAGAUCUUGCACAACAGCAGCAUGGAGGAUGGCUUCCUGUUUCGGCAAUGGAUGCUGUAGCUAAGGUUAUUGAAGUUGCUCCUAUCCGUGUAUAUGAAGUUGCAACAUUUUAUUCAAUGUUCAACCGUCAACCAGUUGGCAAGUACCACCUAUUGGUUUGUGGCACAACUCCUUGUAUGAUUCGUGGUUCACGAGAAAUAGAAGAUGCAUUAUUGAAACACUUAGGAGUGAAGCGCAAUGAAGUAACAAAAGAUGGUCUUUUCUCUGUUGGCGAAAUGGAAUGCAUGGGAUGCUGUGUAAAUGCUCCCAUGAUUACUGUUGCUGAUUAUUCCAAUGGAUCUGAAGGAUAUACUUACAAUUAUUAUGAAGAUGUUACUCCAAAGCGAGUUGUUGAGAUAGUUGAGAUGUUAAGAAGGGGAGAGAAGCUACCGCCUGGCACACAAAACCCAAAACGCAUCAAGUGUGGGCCUGAAGGAGGCAAUACUACACUGCAUGGUGAGCCAAAACCACCUCCAUGCCGGGAUCUCGAUGCCUGUUAAUGUUAUGGUAAAUGUUGUUACCAAUAAUGCAAAGCUUGGAUUUUUUUCAGGCUUUCCUGAGUCAUCUUUGUUUUUUAAGCUCAACCAUUUUUUGUAUUUGCCUGCCAGCAUGGUUUCUGGCAGAUACUCAGUUCCAUGCAUCUUCGUAUUCAAGAAAUGGCUUACUAGUUCCUUGGUGCACAUGAAUUCAUAUGUUGAAUGCACUCCUUCAUAUUGUGGCAUUGAAAAGCACAUGUACUACUAAUAUCAGGCAUGUCGUGAUUCAGAAACAAUCACAAAGAUUAUCAAAAUUUUUUUAUUUCUUCAAUCCAAAUAUGAAAUAGAUCAAGAACAAUUAUUCUUUUAUGAAGUUACUGCUGUUCUUAGGGCCA